AUGCGUAUUUUUCUGCUGAUCGCGUCCUGCCUGGUUGCGUUUUCAGUCGCCAGGGUUCCGCCGCCUGUUGUGGAGCCCUUGGUGGACUACCAUGAAACCGUAGGAAUUCCUCUCGCAACGAGGAUCAAGGAGGCCGAGGAUGCGAUCAUGGUAGGGGCAGACGGCGAGGUGACAGAUAUAAGGAUUGUUGGUGGAGUUGUCGCGCCGGUCAACGCUCAUCCUUACUUGGCAGGUUUAAUCAUCACUUUUGUGAACAUCGCGGGAACAUCUGCUUGUGGCUCGUCGCUCAUCUCCGCCAACAGACUCGUUACAGCAGCACACUGCUGGUAUCAUUCACUGCAAGCCAAUCAGUUCGUCGUGGUACUCGGCUCUCAGUACCUUUUCUACGGCGGCACUAGGAUUGCUACCUCUACGGUCAUCACGCACCCCCAGUACUCUCCCAGCACAUUAGUCAAUGACAUCGCUGUGAUCUAUCUUCCAACAAGCGUGUUCUUCUCUGCGAGUAUUCAACCCAUCGCGCUGCCUAGUGGCACCCAGUUGUGGGACUCGUUUACCGGCGAGUGGGCUACCGCCGCUGGCUAUGGCAAAACAAAUGACCAGCAAACUGGUGUAUCAGUUUCGUCUGUAGUGAGCCAUGUCAUCUUACAAGUGAUCACGGUUCAGCAAUGCCAGGCAGUGUUCGGCUCCUGGGCUACAGCGAACAACAUCUGUACGAACGGUGCCGGUGGAGUUGGCAUCUGUGGAGGAGACUCUGGUGGUCCUCUGGUUGUUUACCGAAACGGACAGAAUAUUUUAGUCGGCAUUAGUUCAUUCGUAGCGAACAUCGGCUGCCAACUUGGUUAUCCAUCUGCUUUCACCAGAGUUACCAGUUUCUAUAGCUUCAUCAUACAACAUAUGUGA